UAAGAGCAAGGUGUGUUGCUGUUGCCGUAAAAUAUUUCUUUGUUGGGACGCCAUUUGGCAAUUAUUGAAAUUUAUAAAGUGUAUUGGACACUUGGCAAUCGGGGUUAAUUAGAGUUGUUGCAACAACUAUUGCCAAAUUAAUAAUUGAUGCCAAUGGAACCUGUACGCAUUUUAUAUUACAACGAAGACUGAUCAAUUAUGUUCAGGCUCUUGAAGUUCAUAUUUGUAAUUCUAAUGGUUGCAACAUUAGUUGGGUUUAUUCAGUCAACAAGACAACCCGCUAGAGUUGUGUGUUAUUUUAGCAAUUGGGCUAUCUAUAGACCUGGACUUGGCAGCUACGGAAUAAAGGAUGUACGGGGUGAUCUUUGUACUCAUGUCAUUUAUUCAUUUAUUGGUAUUAGUAAUGUCACUUGGGAAUAUCUUAUCUUGGAUCCUGACAUCGAUGUAAAAAAAAAUGGAUUCUACGAAUUUGUUGGUUUGAAGCAAAAAUUUCCUGGAUUAAAAACUGAGAUUGCUAUUGGUGGAUGGGGUGAAGGCGGGAAAAAAUACAGUUCUCUUGUGAGUAACAUUGAACGGCGAAGUAUAUUUAUCAAAAGUAUUGUCGCAUUAAUGAAUCAAUAUGGAUUCGAUGGAUUUGACUUGGACUGGGAGUACCCAGGUGCAACUGACCGAGGUGGCAAAUACUCUGAUAAAAAUAAUUUUUACUACUUGGUCGAAGAACUUCGACGAGCAUUUACAAGGCAACGUAAAGGUUGGGAAAUAACGAUUGCAGUACCAGUAGCUAAAUUUAGGCUUGCUGAAGGAUAUCAUGUUCCAGAAAUUUGUGAUAACGUAGAUGCAAUUCACGUCAUGACGUAUGAUCUUCGAGGGAACUGGGUUGGAUUUGCUGAUGUUCAUAGUCCACUUUACAAACGUCCUCAUGAUCACUAUGCUUACGAAAAACUUAAUGUUAACGAUGGUCUUCAAUUAUGGGUUGAUUCAGGAUGUCCACCGAAUAAGCUUGUUGUCGGCAUUCCUUUUUAUGGACGAAGUUAUACUCUAAGUGCAAGUAAUAAUAAUUAUCACCUUGGUACUUAUAUAAAUAAAGAAGCAGGAGGUGGAAUGGCUGGGAAAUAUACAGGAGCCAAAGGCUUCUUAGCUUACUACGAGAUUUGUUCACUUAUUCAAGAUGCCGAAUGGGUAAAAAAAUGGGAUAAUGUAGGUAAAGUUCCAUAUGCCUAUAAAGAUACACAGUGGGUUGGGUAUGAAGAUCCUGAAAGUAUUCAAAUAAAGGUGGAUUGGAUUAAAUCAAAAGGAUACGCUGGUGCUAUGGUUUGGGCUCUAGAUAUGGAUGACUUCCAUGGACUCUGCGGUAAAAAAGAUGUUCUAAUCAAAAUAAUUCAUGAAAACAUUAAAAAUUAUUAUGUCCCGAUCUCCACAACGAGUACAACACCAAGACCUGAAUGGGAUCGGCCACUCAGUACGACCUUGGCAACCAAUGGAUAUGUUACUAUUUCACCUCUAUUGGAAAUUGAAAAAACCACUCUACCAUAUUUUGAUAACAAAACAACAAAUUUCCCCGAUACGUUUCAAAACUUAACAGUUGACAUUAUUCAAAUUGAUAACGAAACAAAUAAUAUUCAGUGUGAUAAAUAUGAUUUAAUACCUUCAAAAAAUUGUCACGCAUACUAUCGUUGCAUUCAUGGAAAACCUCUUUUAUUUCAAUGUCCCAAUGAAUUGAUUUACAAUCCUGCAACGUAUGUUUGUGAUCUGUCAGCAAACGUUGACCGCUUCGAUUGUAAGAAAUGAAUACAAACCGUCAUUACUUAAAUGACGUCUAUGAUCAACGACUAUUUUAAAUCCAGCUCAAACUAUUCAAAUUAUACUUUAUAAAUAACAGUUCGAAACCGUAAGUGAGAACUCACAUAAUAAUGUAGAGAUAUGACCAAUAAAUUCCUGUUCAAUUACACGUUA